AUGGAUCAUAUAGUGGCUAGCACGAACUUAAGCAAUGCAGCUGAAGAUGAUAAAAGAGGAUCUAGGUGGAUUGUUAUUUCUCAUUCACACCGUUUAUCCAUUCUUAAAUUCACCUCACACGCGUCCCCUGAUGCUCUGGAACGCCUACUUUUGUGCUUUGGCUGCCUCGAAUCAGAAAUAUUCCAGGUGUACAAGGUGGUUCUAAGCUUGUUGGAUCCAAAUGCUUUCAUUGGUACACCGGAUAUGGAACGAGCGAGAAGUUCCGUUGCAACAAUUAAACUUCAGAUGCUUGCCUUACGGCAGUCUCUGGAAACCAGAUUCCCAAUAUCUCCAAAGGACGGGCCAAGAAUCCAGGAAUACCUGGAAGACAUACACUACGCUUCACAUAGAGCUGCUUGCAAGCCACUAAAGCUUCUCUCAGCAUGCGUGUUGAAUGGCUUAGACAUAUUCGGAAAAGUCACUGGCCGUGUCCAAAAUGCCAAAUCGAAUAUCGGGAUUAUUAACGAGAUUAUUGAGCAGACGAAUAUUGAGAGAGGCAGGCGUCCAGAGAAAGGUGUCAUCGAUCUGAUCACCCUUAAUCAUUAUUGGAAGCUGCGGCGUGGUGAUUCGCAAUACAACGAGACCGAGCGAAAACACUUUAUCGAUUCGAAUAUCAGUAUUUCGCGGACGCUUGAACAAUACCCCAUUGGUUGGAAAGAUCUUCCCAUCUCUGACCUCAUGUGCUACAAAUUUGACGAUGACUACUACUGGAAGGGAUUCUGGGAUUCUGUAGAGCCUGGUCGCUUGGAUGAGUCCCACUUAAUCGAAUUUAUCAGAAAAGGUUCGUAUCCUUCGAAGCAUCAUACACGAAGCCAUAUUGACAGUCACACCAGCCUGUGA